ACCUCGGAUUCGACAUGGCUUUCGGAGUUUUCCUGGCAUUGACAGCUGUAGUGGCAAUAACGACCGCUUCGCCACAACUUUUUGCUGCUCCUGUUGUAGCACGUGCACCGGUAGUUGCGAACCCGGCCGAAUUCGACCCGAACCCGCGUUACAACUUCGAGUACCAGGUCCAGGAUCCGACGACGGGUGAUUUUAAGAGCCAGAGGGAAUCUAGGGACGGCGAUGUGGUCCAGGGUAGCUACUCACUCCUCGAGGCCGACGGCACGACCCGGGUAGUCGAAUACACGGCGGAUUCCGUCAACGGCUUCAACGCAGUCGUCCACAAGGAAGGAGCCGCUCAUCCAGCCCCGGUCCAACCAUUGUACGGAUAAAAGACUGAAAUUUAAUAAAACAUUGUUAUUUUUUCUAAUUAUC